ACUACACAACAGAUAGCGGACGACGCUGUUGCUGGACAGCCCUACCAAUUCCAAAAUUACGAACCCCAGCAGAACUACAUUGCGCCGGAGCUCUCACGCAAAUCAACAGACGACAAGGAGGAAGUGGAAGAAAGCGAGAAAUCCCGUUCCAGGAGCAGCAGCGAUGACACUGUCGCAUAUGCCCCAAUCAACAUCCCUGGAGAGGACCAGGAGGCUAUGAGGAACGACAUGAUAACAUUGACCCGAACUCAAACAAGCACAAGUUAUGCCGGCAUCGACCCCGAAUCCAAGGACUUUAGUCUGGACAAAUGGCUGAAGGCAUUCAUCAAGGACUUUGAUUCGGAAGAUCUCAAGGCUACCAGAGCAGGUAUCGUCUGGAAGAAUCUCUCGGUCUCUGGUUCCGGUGCAGCUCUGCAGCUCCAGGACACAGUCGCUGGUAUCGCCUUGAAGCCUCUGGUCAUGCUCAAGUCUCUGUUCUCGCGCAACACUGAGCGCAAGCAAAUUCUUCACAACUUCAACGGAAACUUGAAGUCCGGCGAACUACUUAUUGUUCUUGGACGUCCAGGCUCGGGCUGCAGUACCUUCCUCAAAUCGCUUUGUGGUGAGACACAUGGUCUCCACAUUGACGAUGGCUCAGAGAUUCAUUACAAUGGUGUCAGCCAGAAGCAAAUGAUGAAGGAGUUCAAGGGUGAAGUCGUGUACAACCAAGAGGUUGACAAACAUNNUUUCGUACGUGUCAUGUCCUCUCCUGAACGCCGAACUAAGAACAAGAGUGCUGAUCAAUUUCACAAUAUAGCCCAUUUAACAGUCGGUCAAACCUUGGAGUUCGCUGCUUCCACUCGUACUCCCAGUCAUCGUAUUCGCGGUCUGUCGAGAAAGGACUUUUCCGCCCACACCGCCAAAGUCAUUAUGUCAGUCUUCGGUCUGUCUCAUACUUACAACACGGUCGUUGGCUCUGAUUUCGUUCGCGGUGUGUCUGGUGGUGAGAGAAAGCGUGUGAGUAUCGCUGAAAUGGCUCUUACUGGAUCGCCACUCGGCGCUUGGGAUAACUCAACUCGUGGGCUGGAUUCGGCGAGCGCAUUCAAGUUUGUCAACUCACUCCGCACUCUUGCGAACCUUGGUGGUUCAGCCCACGCUGUUGCCAUCUACCAAGCCUCGCAACAAAUCUAUGAACUCUUCAACAAGGCGAUCGUGCUCUACGAGGGUCGCUGCAUCUACUAUGGUUCAGCCCCUAAAGCUCGCGAGUACUUCGAAAAGCAGGGCUGGACGUGCGACAAGCGCCAAACCACUGGAGAUUUCCUGACUUCGCUGACCAACCCCACUGAACGCAAAGCCCGCAAAGGCAUGGAAAACAAAGUACCUCGCACCGCUGAGGACUUCGAACGUUACUGGCUCGAGUCCUCGGCAUACAAGACCAUGCAACGCGACAUUGAAGAGCACGAAAAGUCAGUCUCGGGAGAUCAGAUGGUCCAAACUCUCCGUGACAACAAGGGUGAAGCACAAGCAAAACACACCCGUCUGAAGUCACCAUACAUGAUCAGUGUUCCCAUGCAGAUCAAGCUGAACACGAAGCGAUCUUACCAACGCAUCUGGAACGAUCUCCCCUCGACAGUUUCCGCCAUCGGAGUCAACGUCUUCAUGGCCCUCAUCAUUGGUUCGAUUUUCUAUGGUACCCCUGACGCAACUGUCGGCUUCAUGUCCAAAGGAGCUGUUCUUUUCUUCGCCGUCUUGCUCAAUGCCCUGUCAGCCAUGAACGAGAUCAACAGUCUCUAUGCUCAACGCCCAAUUGUCGAGAAACACAAAUCUUACGCGCUCUACCAUCCUGCUACAGAAGCCAUCGCCGGUAUCGUUUCUGAUGUACCUGUCAAAUUCGUUCAAGCUGUUGUUUUCAACUUGAUUCUCUACUUUCUGGCUGGUCUUCGACGCGAACCAUCUCAAUUUUUCAUCUACUUCUUGAUCACAUUUAUCGUCGGGCAAAUCAUGUCUCGCAGCUGUGACCAAAACAAUCUCUCAAGCAAUGACGCUUGCUGGUGUGAUGGUCCUUGCCCUUGUGAUCUACACAGGCUACAUCCAAUUUACUAUGCAUUCGAAAUUCUGGUCGCCAACGAAUUCCACGGAAGGCAGUUCCCCUGCUCUCAAAUCGUUCCCAACUAUCUGUUCAUGCAAGGCGACACGUUCAUCUGUUCUACGACCGGUGCAGUCGCAGGCGAAUACACUGUCAGUGGAGACGCUUAUAUCCAGACUGCCUACGAAUACUCUUACUCUCACGUCUGGAGAAACUUCGGUAUCAUGAUUGCUUUCCUUAUCGGUUUCAUGGCCAUCUACUUUUUCGCUGUUGAGAUCAACUCUUCGACUAGCAGCACUGCCGAGGUUCUGGUUUUCCGCAAGGGACAUGCUCCCGCGAACCUUACUGGACAAGUUAAAGAAGGCAACAACGAUGAGGAAGCUCCCGCCCAAGGUGCUGCUGCAUCAAACGGACACACAGAAGGCGAGAGUGUCGAUGCUAUCCCUGCUCAGAAGGACAUCUUCACAUGGAGAGACGUGGUUUACGACAUCAAAAUUAAGGGCGAGCCUCGCAGACUUCUGGACCAUGUAUCUGGAUACGUCAAGCCAGGAACUCUGACUGCACUCAUGGGUGUCAGUGGUGCUGGUAAAACGACUCUAUUGGACUCUCUCGCUCAGCGUACCACUAUGGGUGUCAUUACUGGCGACAUGUUGGUCAACGGAAAGCCUAUCGAUGCCAGUUUCCAGAGAGGCUGUGGUUACGUACAACAGCAAGAUUUGCAUCUCGAGACAGCUACUGUUCGCGAGAGUUUGCGAUUCAGUGCCAUGCUCAGACAGCCCAAAUCAGUAUCUAAGAAGGAGAAGUAUGACUACGUUGAGGAAGUCAUCAAGAUGCUCGACAUGGAAGACUUUGCCGAGGCUGUUGUUGGUGUUCCUGGCGAAGGCUUGAACGUUGAGCAGCGCAAGCUUCUCACCAUCGGUGUUGAACUUGCUGCUAAGCCUAAGCUAUUGCUAUUCCUGGACGAGCCUACCAGUGGUUUGGACUCUCAAAGUGCCUGGGCUAUCUGCGCCUUCCUUCGUAAGCUUGCCGACGCUGGUCAAGCUGUUCUCUGUACUAUUCAUCAGCCUAGUGCCGUCCUUUUCCAGGAGUUCGACCGUCUUUUGUUCUUGGCCAAGGGUGGUAAGACAGUCUACUUUGGUGACAUUGGAAAGAAUUCCAGGACUCUUCUCGACUAUUUCGAGGACAACGGAGCUAGACAUUGUGAAGACGACGAGAACCCGGCUGAGUUCAUGCUGGAGAUCGUCAGUGCUGGAUCAUCUGGACAAGGACCUGACUGGCACGAGGUAUGGAAGAAGAGCGAUGAAUGCAAGGGUGUUCAGACUCAAAUCGACAAGCUACACGAGGAGUCAAGCGGCAGAGCCCGCGAGCACGAACCUACCAAGGAAGAGCUUAGCGAGUUUGCGAUGCCAUUGACCACUCAGAUCACCGUUGUAACUCACAGAGUCUUCCAACAGUACUGGCGCAUGCCCUCGUACAUCCUCGCAAAGUGGAUGCUUGGUACUGCUGCUGGUCUCUUCAUUGGUUUCUCUUUCUACCAAGCCGAUUCGUCAACCCAAGGACUUCAGAACGUCAUUUUCUCAGCUUUCAUGGUUUGCACAAUCUUCUCUUCUCUUGUACAGCAGAUCAUGCCCUUAUUCGUUGGACAACGCUCGCUCUACGAGGUUCGCGAGAGACCCAGCAAAGCAUAUUCAUGGAAGGCUUUCAUCCUGGCCAACAUUAUUGUCGAAAUUCCUUACAACAUCGUUUUGGCCGUUCUGGUCUUCGGUUCAUACUACUACGCUGUUCAGGGCAUUCAGCCCUCCUUGAGACAGGGCAUGGUCCUUCUCUUCCUGAUCGAGUUCUUCAUCUACGCUGGCACCUUUGCCCAUCUUUGUAUCGUGGCCAUGCCGGACGCACAGACAGCCGCAGCUAUUGUAACCUUGCUAUUCGCCAUGUCCUUGGUUUUCAACGGUGUCAUGCAGUCCCCCACAGCACUCCCCGGCUUCUGGAUCUUCAUGUAUCGUGUCUCUCCCUUCACGUACUGGAUCGGCGGCAUCGUCGCAGCCCAACUCCACGGCAAGACCAUCGAAUGUAGUGCCGUCGAGACCAGCGUCUUCAAUCCACCUGCCGGCCAAACCUGCGGACAAUACCUGGCCGAAUACCUCCGCACCGCACCCGGCACCCUCCAAAACCCUGGCGCUACCAGCAACUGUGCUUACUGCGCACUCAGCAACGCAGACCAAUUCCUCGCUGGCAGCAACAUUUCCUACAACCAGGUCUGGCGCAACUUCGGAAUCUUCUGGGCAUACAUUGGGUUUAAUAUUUUCCUUGCCGUGUUCCUGUACUGGUUGUUCCGUGUCAGCACCUUCAGUGUUUCUGGAUUCACCGAGAAGUUGAAGGGUCUUCGCAAGCCCAAGGCUGAGCCUGUUGCCGACAACAAAGAGGGACAGAAGCAGAGAAACCAUGCCGAUCCUUUC